AUGGAACUUGGAAGUUACAAAGAAGGGACAGAGAUAGAUCCGGAUCUAUCAUUCGUGGAAACCGAAGAAGACCCAACAAUACCAGUAUCUGAGCACCGCUUUAACGAAACUAUUUGGAAACAAUGGAGGCUUAGUUCUGGAAAUUUUAUUACUGAUAUUUUGGCAAAAUCCGCGAAAAAAAAGGACAUCCUCUUAG